UGGAGGGAGACUAGGGGCACCUCCCCGGAGCUGAGAAACCAGUUUGGCCGGUUCCGCCGAGCGGAGAGAAAAGGGCGGCCGCAGAGGAAGGGCGCACGGACGCGGGGCGGAGGAGGGCGGGGAGCCAUUGGCGAGCCGCGAGAGCCGGAGGAGCCGCCGCCAACUGGACACGCUUCCCGGGGCCCCCGGCCAGCCCCUGUGCGCCAUGAAGCGCUAGCGCAGCGGCCAGGGCUCGGGCCGGGCGGGCGGCGGCGGCCAGGUGCGCAGCGAGCGCUCGGAGAGGCGCUCACCUGGCGGAUGCCCCAGCCGGGGCCCAGCGGGCGCCAGAUAGUUCCUAUUUGCCAGCAGAAUGAAUACAGAAAGAGACUCGCAGACGACAUUCGAGGAGGAUUCUCAGCCUAAUGACGAAGUGGUUCCCUACAGCGAUGACGAAACAGAAGAUGAGCUUGAAGACCAAGAGUCUACUGUUGAACCAGAGCAGAAUCAAGCCAACAGGGAGGCGGAGGAGAACCAGGAGCCGUUCAGGAAAGCUUUCAGCUAUAGAGAUAGUGACACACCACGGAAUCCCAUUUCUGUGAUGAUGCUGCCCGUUCUAGGUGCAGCGUUGUUGCUGGAGGAGGAUCUGGGAGCGACAAUCCAGAGCGAGCACCGAGAAGAUGAGGGGCAAAAUAAUGCAAUUAAAACAUACAAGUACAACGCCUUUACCUUUCUACCACUGAAUUUGUUUGAGCAGUUCAAGAGAGCAGCCAAUAUGUAUUUCCUGAUCCUUCUUAUCUUGCAGUCAAUUCCUCAAAUCUCUACCCUGGCAUGGUACACCACACUCGUGCCCCUACUCUUGGUGCUGGGCGUCACUGCAAUCAAAGACCUGGUGGACGAUGUGGCCCGCCAUAAAAUGGAUAGGGAAGUCAACAACAGGACAUGUGAAGUCAUUAAGGAUGGCAGCCUUAACCAUCAUCCAGUUAAGAUCUUCAUUGUUCUUAUUCUGAUUUCUGCUGGCCUUGCCAUUGGUCACGCUUACUGGGAAGCACAAGUUGGCAAUUACUCUUGGUACCUCUAUGAUGGACAGGAUGCUACGCCCUCAUACCGUGGCUUCCUCAACUUCUGGGGCUACAUCAUCGUCCUUAACACCAUGGUGCCCAUCUCUCUGUAUGUCAGCGUGGAAGUGAUUCGUCUCGGACAGAGUCACUUCAUAAACUGGGACCUGCAGAUGUACUAUUCUGAGAAGGACACACCCGCAAAGGCUAGAACCACUACGCUGAAUGAGCAGCUUGGGCAGAUCCAUUACAUCUUCUCUGAUAAGACGGGGACACUCACACAAAAUAUCAUGACCUUUAAAAAGUGCUGCAUCAACGGGCAGAUCUAUGGAGACCAUCGGGAUGCUUCGCAACACAAUCAUAACAAAAUAGACCAAGUUGAUUUUAGCUGGAACACGUUUGCUGAUGGGAAGUUUGCCUUUUAUGACCACUAUCUUAUUGAGCAAAUCCAGUCGGGGAAGGAGCGGGAAGUACAGCACUUCUUCUUCUUGCUCGCAGUUUGCCACACGGUCAUGGUGGAUAGAAACGACGGUGAGUGUCCCUCUGGCACCUCGGUACGAACCCCAGAAGGCAAUAUCAGGCUGUAUUGUAAAGGUGCUGACACUGUAAUUUAUGAACGGUUACAUCGAAUGAAUCCUACAAAGCAAGAAACACAGGAUGCCUUGGAUAUCUUUGCAAGUGAAACUCUUAGAACCCUGUGCCUUUGCUACAAGGAAAUUGAAGAAAAAGAAUUUGCAGAAUGGAAUAAAAAGUUUAUGGCUGCCAGUGUGGCCUCGACCAACCGGGACGAAGCUCUGGAUAAAGUGUAUGAGGAGAUUGAAAAAGACUUAAUUCUAUUAGGAGCUACAGCUAUUGAAGACAAGCUACAAGAUGGCGUCCCAGAAACCAUUUCAAAACUUGCAAAAGCUGACAUUAAGAUCUGGGUGCUUACUGGAGACAAAAAGGAAACUGCCGAAAAUAUAGGAUUUGCUUGUGAACUUCUGACUGAAGACACCACUGUCUGCUACGGGGAAGAUAUAAAUUCUCUUCUUCACACAAGGAUGGAAAACCAGAGGAAUAGAGGUGGAGUCUAUGCAAAAUUUGCACCCCCUGUGCAUGAACCGUUUUUCCCUUCUGGCGGAAACCGCGCCUUAAUCAUCACUGGUUCUUGGUUGAAUGAAAUUCUUCUAGAGAAAAAGACCAAGAAAAGUAAGAUUCUGAAUCUGAAGUUCCCGAGGACAGAAGAGGAGAGACGGAUGCGGACCCAAAGCAAAAGAAGGCUGGAAGCUAAGAAAGAGCAGCGGCAGAAGAACUUCGUGGACCUGGCUUGCGAGUGCAGCGCCGUCAUCUGCUGCCGCGUCACCCCCAAGCAGAAGGCCAUGGUGGUGGACCUGGUCAAGAGGUACAAGAAAGCCAUCACGCUGGCCAUCGGAGACGGCGCCAAUGACGUGAACAUGAUCAAAACUGCCCACAUUGGCGUUGGGAUCAGUGGACAGGAAGGAAUGCAAGCCGUCAUGUCGAGCGACUAUUCCUUUGCUCAGUUCCGCUACCUGCAGAGGCUGCUGCUGGUGCAUGGUCGGUGGUCUUACAUAAGAAUGUGCAAGUUCCUACGAUACUUCUUUUACAAAAACUUUGCGUUUACUUUGGUUCAUUUCUGGUACUCCUUCUUCAAUGGCUACUCUGCACAGACCGCGUACGAGGACUGGUUCAUCACCCUCUACAACGUGCUGUACUCCAGCCUGCCCGUGCUACUCAUGGGGUUGCUCGACCAGGAUGUGAGUGACAAACUGAGCCUCCGAUUCCCCAGGUUAUAUGUAGUGGGACAAAGAGACUUACUGUUCAACUAUAGGAGAUUCUUCGUAAGCUUGUUGCACGGGAUCUUGACGUCGAUGAUCCUCUUCUUCAUACCUUUUGGAGCUUAUCUGCAAACUGUGGGGCAGGACGGAGAGGCGCCUUCUGACUACCAGUCUUUUGCUGUCACCAUUGCCUCUGCUCUUGUAAUAACGGUCAAUUUCCAGAUUGGCUUGGAUACUUCUUAUUGGACUUUUGUGAAUGCUUUUUCAAUUUUUGGAAGCAUUGCACUUUAUUUUGGCAUCAUGUUUGACUUUCAUAGUGCUGGAAUAUAUGUUCUCUUCCCAUCUGCAUUUCAAUUUACAGGCACAGCUUCCAACGCCCUGAGACAGCCGUACAUUUGGUUGACCAUCCUCUUGACCGUUGCAGUGUGCUUGCUGCCCGUCGUUGCCAUACGGUUCUUGUCCAUGACCAUUUGGCCAUCAGAAAGUGAUAAGAUCCAGAAGCACCGCAAGCGGCUCAAGGCGGAGGAGCAGUGGCAGCGGCGGCAGAACGUGUUCCGCCGGGGUGCGUCGUCGCGGCGCUCGGGCUACGCCUUCUCGCACCAGCGCGGCUACGCCGACCUCAUCUCCACGGGCCGCAGCAUCCGCAAGAAGCGCUCCCCGCUCGACGCCGUCGUGGCCGAGGGGACGGCCGAGUACCGGCGGACGGUGGAGAGCUGAGGCGGUGUCUCAGGAAGGAAGUGUCUAUUUUUUUAUGCAAGACUCUCAGGACUUUUGUUUAAGGUUAUUGUCUUCUGUAUCUUUGCUACACAUUCAGUUGUAACAGACUACUUGGUUUGGGCUAUUAAUAGCAAAGCCAAGGGUACCUUUUUAAAGGUCCUGUUAUGUUCAUGAUGGUUGAAAGGGAACGUUUUAAUCCAGUCUCAAUCCAGGGCAACAGAAUUAGAAAACGUGUUAUAUUUCACUUCAAAUGGUGUUAAAAAAAAAUUACAAUUAAACUUUAUGAUCUUCAGCAUGAAUUCCCAGGACU